AUGCAACACGCUGCCGGGGUCUAUGCGCAUCCUCAGCAUCAGCAAACCGCACACCUGAGUGGAGAUUUUGCGGGGGCGGGCCUCCCCAGCAUGCUGCUACCGCCCCAUCAAUCACCAGCCGCUAUGCCCGGCCCGCUUCAUCUUCCCUUCAAAUCAGCAUCACCACCACUGGGCGCGCGGCCUUCCCACCUGUCGGGUGGGUUCGCUCAUUCCAACGCUGCCACAAACAUGGACGAAAAUCGUUAUCGCUACCACGUCUAUGAGCGCGAGAGCACCUGGGCAGAGGUGGAAAAGCUGAGCGGCUACAUCUCUCGCUAUGCCGUUGCGGAAGCGGCGAGCGCCACUGACAUCUCCAAGGAGAAAUAUUAUGAUCUCUUCAACAUCGGCGUGCACUUGCUGAAAGCGAUUGAAACGCUUGACCCCGACCGGCUCGUGCUCAGAACAGAGCAGUUUGCCGGUUCGUUGUCAUCACCUCCGCAACGACCACUCGGGCAAGCACCCACGCAGGCAUACGGAACAGCAUCACACCAAGCAAUGACCUCCAACGCCUCGUUGCCACUGACUGCUGGAACCAGCCCACCUUUUCCACAGCCUCGAUCCAUGUCCCCACACAUGCACUCCUCCAACCCAGCAGACUCGCCUAACUUCCCGAAUCGCUACAUGCUCGAGCCUGGCGGCGGGGGUCUGGCCAAGGUGCCUCCGACGGUGCCCAUGGGCGGCAUCGCCCGUUACAACCAAUCGAUCGUGUCCGGGAUGCUGUCCAUGGGCCAACCAAUGGCGGGGCAGCCACCCGCGGUACCGUUCGGUAAGCAACCUAUCGAGCCUGAGCUUCAGCCCGCGGCACAGCAGGACAACCUGAUGAGCGCAGAAGCAGGCGACAACCCCAGCGGCAGCGGCAGCGGCAGGAAAAAGAGGCGACGAAAGGUGCAACGCCGAGAUCUGCAUUGCCAUGUGUGCGGAGUGACAGAUACGCCUGAAUGGCGACGCGGUCCGGAUGGUGACCACACAUUAUGCAACGCUUGUGGCCUGCACUACGCAAAAGCGCUCAAGAAGGAGAAGGAGGCACGGGAGAAGGAGGGACGAAAGCAUAGCAUAGACAUGCUGCUCAACAAUCAGGGACGAGAAAACGCGCGACAUGGCACGGAUAGCAAAACAACCAGCAACGUUGGUGACACCAACAGCGAACUGAGCUGA